AUUUAAUCAAACGCCACUGGCCGGAACGAACACCGGAGCUAAUAACUUCUCUGCAGUCUACUUCUUUCCACUUUUAGAUUCCUUCUCCCCUUUACUUCUACCCAGAGAGAGAGAGAGAGAGAGAAAGGAAACCCGAGCGAGCGAAAGGACCAAAGUAAUGGCUUGCUCGAUCAAUUUUCCUGUUUCGGGAAAGCCAAUAUCUCAGACUUCUGCUUCUCUUAUUCCCUCCCCUACUAAAACCCUCAAGCUUUCCACCUCUGUUUCGCCACUUCCAUCUAUUGGAUUCAUUUCUGGAGCUUCUCUUCGUCUGAAUGAAACCCUAAAAGUCCGCGGUUCGAAGAAGAGCUCGGCUGUCGUCACCGCUUUAGCUGUCCCGGUAAUAGCUUCUGUCAAACCAGAGCCCUUAAAGAUCAUGAUAUCCGGUGCUCCGGCAUCUGGCAAAGGAACACAGUGUGAGCAAAUCACGAAGAAAUAUGGACUGGUGCACAUUGCUGCUGGAGAUUUACUACGAGCAGAAGUUGCAGCUGGGACUGAAAAUGGAAAGCAAGCAAAAGAACAUAUGGAAAAAGGACAGUUGGUUCCUGAUGAAAUAGUUGUCAUGAUGGUGAAGGAGCGCUUGUUGCAGCCAGAUUCUCAGGAAAGUGGCUGGCUUUUAGAUGGAUAUCCAAGGAGCUUAUCUCAAGCAAAGGCUCUUGAAGACUUUGGCAUCCAGCCAGACCUUUUUAUUCUUCUAGAAGUCCCUGAAGAGAUCCUUGUUGAGAGAGUUGUUGGCCGAAGACUUGAUCCAGUUACUGGAAAGAUAUACCACCUAAAGUAUUCUCCUCCAGAAACUGAAGAAAUUGCUGCAAGACUUACACAACGGUUUGAUGAUACAGAAGAAAAGGUAAAACUUCGACUGAGGACUCAUCAUCAAAAUGUCGAGGCUGUACUCUCAAGAUAUGAAGGUGUAACAGUCAAGGUCAAUGGGAAUGUUCCAAAGGAGGAGGUGUUUGCACAAAUUGACAGUAUACUGACUGGACUUAUUAAGCAAAAGAAGGCUGCUUCAGAUUUGGCUGGUGUACGACAUGAUUCACCAAGUUCUGAGGGUACAGAAUCAUUGAAGCAAGUGGCGUGUUAAUCCCAAGUUGUAAAGAGUGGAGUAACCUGCUUGGUUGAGGCAAUAAAUGCCAUUAAAAUACGUACUACAAAGCUGGUGGGUGUAGGCCUUAGAGCCUCUUUUUUUUCCUCGUUAUAUUUUGAUUUACUGGGGCUUGCAGCCCUUAGAAGUGGAAUUAGCUCUAAUUCUUUCAAAUUCAGUGCAACGUGUUGCAUUUUUUAAUCAUUAGAACAGGAAGUUUUCCAUAUCCAUGUACCUCCACCUGAGCUGCAGUUUCAAUUCUGUGGGACCCAGUGGUCUGUGUCAUUAA